GUCGCUUACCCCGCGGGUCAACUAUUGGGGUUACAGUCUCGAGCCCGCGGCGCGACUGGUAUAAAUUGCACCAUGGCGCCAAUUGAUUGCAUGGGCCGUGACUUGCACAAGAUAGCUUCUUGCCCAUCUACCUAGUUAGUACAGUACUGCAGCUACUGUCUCGAGGGACUCUUCCAUUAUGCGCUUCAACGCUCCCAUUGUCGCUACGGCAUUGCUUGCCACCUCUGGCAGCGCCGCUGUCACACCCACCAAGUGCAACGCCGACAACUGUCUGCGUGCCUUGAGAGCUACUCAGAUUCCUGACCGUGUCGAAUCGGCCAGAGCUUUCUGCGCUUCCUUCACUGCCACCUCGGCUGCCAAUGUCCCCAUCCCUACCUAUGCCCAAGAUGGCUGCAAGGACAACCAAAACGGCGACAUGAAGGCGCGCCUCUCCAGCGCUUGCGCCUGUCUGCCUGCUGCCUCUACUACUAGCUCCGCCGUACCCUCCAAGACUGCGGAACCUUGCGCCGAAGUGAGCUCUUCGUGGGCUAGCCAGGUUGCCCAAAAGGCUAUCCCUACCGUCGCUGCUUCCGUUGCGCACAAGUGCUUGCAAUCCGUGCCGUUCAACAAGAAGGAUGCUGUUGCGAUUAUCGACGCCAUGGAACCCUAUCUCGAGUGGCAGAGUGACAGCGCAUACCUCAAGAACCCUCCCAAGGGCUACCUUUACCCACCUUAUGACAUGUACGCCAAGUACAAGGAAGUCCGCGCCAACACUGAGGCUGGCAAGUACAGCAGCCAUUAUGAUUUCCACAAGGAUAUCCAAGAGAAAAUCUUCUUCCCUGGCCACGACGGUCACUUCUGGAUGGUCGCCGAUUUCAUGAGCGUCUUCAACUUCCGUCACCCUCGUGGUGUUGUCUCUUUCAGCGAGGACGGCAAGUCUGUCCCCGUCAUGAAGCUCUAUGAGGAUGUCAUGACCUCCCCCAACACUGCCUCGGUCCUCAAGACCAUUAAUGGUGUCGAUGCUGCCAAGUAUGUGGCCGAUCUUGCUGAUACCACGUCUUACAGCCAUGACCCCGAUGCUGCCUUCAACGGCAUGCUCUACACCUCCAACUUGAUUGGCGGCCGUCACGGUCAGUUCGGUACUGGAGGUCGUUACAGUGCCAUCUACCGCGGAGAUAACACCACCUUUGCAUUCGCCAAUGGUACCGUCUUCACCGCCGCCAACCCUGCCCGCGUUGUCCUAGAUAUGACUGGUGUCGUCGAUGGCGCAUCCUUCUACGCCAAGUUUGCUGCACCCUUGACCGCAGGAGCCGCCAGCAGUGUCACUGCUCGUAAGGUUGAGAAGAUCGCCGCUGACAAGCGCGCUGCCUCUGCAAGAGUCGAAGGAUACCCUGAGCCUAUUGUGAGCACCAAGGACGGUAUUGUCACUGGUUACUUCCUGGAGGGCGAUGAUGUCAAGGACGUCGCUGUCCUCGCUCUUCGCAGCUUCAAGCCCAACAGUAUCCCCGAGUUCCAGGCUGUCAUCCAGGACUUCAUUGCUGCUGCUAAGCAUGCUAACAAGAAGAAGAUUGUCAUUGAUCUUCAGGGCAACGGCGGUGGUUACAUCUUGCUCGGAUACGAGCUGUACCGCCAGUUCUUCCCCCACGUCCAAGAGGACGGCUUCUCCCGCUGGAAGGAUACCAAGACUUUCCUCGGUCUCUCCAAGGCUAUCGAAUCGUAUGCCGACAGUUUCAACCCUUACACUAGCGAUGACGGCGAGAAGAUCGACAUGUACAACAGUUGGUUCAACUGGCGCUUCGACCUCAACACCACUCACCAGCCUUUCACCUCCUUCGACGACAAGUUCCACCCCCACGUCUACGAGAACACUCCCUACACCAACCUCAUGGCCUGGGACUUGAACAACACCCUCCUGACCAAGAACGAGACCUUUGGUCACGGCAUCUGGAUCACCGGCUAUGGCGAUCUCAAGAACGCCACACAGCCCUUCAACGCUGAGGACAUCAUUCUUCUGUACGACGGCAACUGUGCUUCCACUUGCACCUUGACCUCCGAAAUGUUCCGCAUCAACGGCGGUGUCAAGUCUGUUGCCUUUGGUGGCCGCCCCAAGGCUGGUCCUAUGCAAACCAUUGGCGCCAUCAAGGGCUCACAGGUUCUCGGUUUCGGCUCCAUUUACUCGUACGCUCAGUUUGGUAAGGGCCUCAACAAGGAUGCUGCUGCCCAGCAGGACUUCAACCGUUACAAGAACGUGACACUUCUCCGCUUCGAGGCCUCUGUCAACACCCGUGACCAGAUCCUCCACGAUAACCUCAACGAUGGCGUUCCUGCUCAGUUCAUCUACGAGCCUGCCGACUGCCGCCACUACUGGACUCUGCCCAUGAUCAAGGAUGUUCGCGAGACCUGGAAGACCGCUGCCCGUUCCGCCUUUUACGGCGCCAAGUGCAACUGGGGUGGCCUCGAGCACGUCCAGGCCAACGCGGCCUUUGGCGAGACUCCUGGAUCCCAGGCCGAGCCUGGACCUGCCCCUGCUCGCCUUUCCGAGACCGUUGACACCAAGCACAACCCCGUUGUCGAGGACCCUCUCUGGGACGCUCGCUUCAACCUCGAGGCCCAGUUCGAGUAAGCGAGUUAGAACGGUUCAAUACAUGUACAUGUCUAUUUCAUUUAUGUAAAUCAAUCUAUUUAAAUAAGAAGAAAAACACAUUGAUAUUCUACAAUAUUAGCGACUAUCCUGGCG